AUGCGUACUUCAACUCUUGCCACUCUCGCCUUGGGCGCCGCUGGGGCUGCUUCAGCCGCCGUGGUUAAGAGAGCCAGCGGUGUGACCCCGGUCUCUGUCAAGGGAAACGCUUUUUUCGCUGGAGAUGAUCGAUUCUACAUCCGGGGUGUCGACUAUCAACCCGGCGGUUCCUCCGACGUCGCCGACCCCAUCGCCGACGAAGAUGGCUGCAAGAGAGAUAUUGUGGAAUUCACGAAGCUGGGGAUCAAUGCCGUCCGAGUGUACACCGUCGACAACACUGCGAAUCACGACGCCUGCAUGAACGCCCUGGCAGAUGCUGGCAUCUACCUUGUCUUGGACGUCAACACUCCCAAAUACUCCUUGAACCGAGCCGACCCCAACCCAUCGUACAAUGCCGUCUACUUGCAGAGCAUUUUUGCCACCAUUGAUGCUUUCCAUGGCUAUGACAACACCUUGGCUUUCUUUUCAGGCAACGAAGUCGUCAAUGACCCCGAGUCUUCGGCAGCUGCCCCCUACGUCAAAGCCGUCACCCGUGACAUUCGAUCCUACAUUCGCAACCGAGGUUACCGACAGAUCCCCGUGGGCUACUCUGCUGCCGACGUCAGUGAAAACCGUCUGGAGAUGGCUGAGUACAUGAACUGCGGGAGCGACGACGAACGAUCUGAUUUCUUUGCCUUCAACGACUACUCCUGGUGUGACCCGUCAUCCUUCCAGCAAUCCGGAUGGGAUCAGAAGGUCAAGAACUUCACCGGCUACGGUCUUCCCAUCUUCCUUUCCGAGUACGGUUGCAACCACGCCACUCGUGACUUUGAUGAGGUUCUGUCUCUGUACAGUACUGAUAUGUCUCCCGUCUAUUCUGGUGGAUUGGUGUAUGAGUACUCCCAGGAACCAAGCAAGUAUGGGCUUGUGGAGAUCAAUGGCGAUUCGGUGAGUGAGUUGACCGACUUCACUACUCUUCAGUCACAAUUUGCGAAAGCCACCGACCCACAAGGUGAUGGCGGAUAUAACUCGACCGGUGGUGCUUCUGGCUGCCCUGCUUACUCUUCGCCUAAUUGGUUGGUCAUGAACGAUACACUCCCUGCUAUCCCCGACGGUGCCAAGAAGUACAUGACCCAGGGUGCCGGGACCGGUCCUGGUCUUGAUGGUGCAGGUUCUCAGAAUGCCGGUGGUGCCUCUACUGGGACUGCUACCGCAGGCAGCGGAACUGCUAGUCAAACUGGAUCAUCAUCGAGCAGUUCCAGCACCAGUUCCGGUACCAAUGCCGCUGUUUCCAUCAAGGUUCCGGAAUGGUCUUUUGCUCCGUUGGUCUGCGGCGCAGUCGUUGUCAUGUCGACAUUGUUUGGUGCCACUCUGUUGUAA